AGCAGCAUUACUUUCCCAAGAUCCGUGCCCUCGAGGGCCCAUCAGGCCUUCAGUAGUGCUUGCGAUCGCGUAGUCUUUCAAGAAGACCCUUCUACAGCCUAUUAUUACCCUAAAACGACAUCGGUAGUGUGAGGACUUGUCUCUAUUCUCUUGGAGAUGAAUCUCCGUACGCGAUCCUAGAUCGCAGAUCGGGGUUGAUCUCGUCGCGACGCAGCAGGCUGCUCUUUUCCUGGUGUCAAGACUACGGCAAUCUAUCCAAGUGAGCGGAGAGUGAGUGGGAGCGAAGCGAGGGUUCGCGAGUUGAACGAAACGAAGCGCCGCGGCCUACUACGGGUCUACUCUACAAUUUUUUGGUCAGUCGCGAGAGUGUGAUCCCACUCGUAGGACGUGUGAGAGAUCGUUCGCUAGCUGUCCGCGAGUUUCCGAGAUUGAGCGCCGCGUAGCAGGCGUUGAGAUACAGUGAUUUUUAUUUUUUGCGCAAAUAAGAAUAAAAAUUGAAGAAAAAGUGUUUUUUUAUUUGUCGAAAACAGAGAAAAAAAAAUUGCAAGUGAAAUAUCCGCGGCAUGUCGAGUUUGUGCUAAUGGGGAAGAAUAUUCUCCGCCACGAAGAAAUAUCUCGCUCGAUAGGGUGCGAUUUUCCUCGGCAGUGAAGAAAAGUGCGGUUCUAAAAAUAAAAAUCUCGAGAAAGUGGCGGCAGCUCGUGUGUGAACAUGCUGCACUAGUAGCUGCAGGAAAACAGAAGAAUCAAGAAGAUUUCGCCUUCUCGUGGGGAAGAAGUUUCAAUGAAAUGUGAAAAAUAAUCGCGAAGAAAAAGAAGGGAAAACCCAACCGCCCGAAACGCAAAGAAAAUCUCGUGUUUCCCAUUCUUUUGUUCAACGGAAAUCAAAGAAAUCCAACGCCUCCUAGAUGAAUGAAGCUUUCAAUUUCUAUUAUCAGAAUUUGUUCUCGAUAAGUGAGUGCGAAUCACCCCUCGUCGCUUCCAAACACUUUACACUCUCUCUCGCUCUCUCUGAUGUGAUGUGCUAGCCCCCCUUUCUCACCAACAAUCGCAGAAUAUUAGUAAUUUUGUGCAUCAAAGGAAGACCUGUCCCACACCAACUGGACACCCUAGAAGAGUGACCCCUCAUCAAACGGAUCAGACAAUCAGAGAAAAAUAACCUCCCCUACAGAAUCAAUGUUACAUAGAUCCAAUAGAAGAUAAAAAAAAAGUUAUAAACCCUUCCCCAAGAAAACAAUCGGUAAUGAAACCGUUCCAGCUUGACCAAACAACGAAUCGUCAUUUUUCCGAGUCUGCUAAUGAAAGUUUGAAAACGAAAUGAAAAGUUCCCAAGAAAAUUUAUCCGGAAAAAAGUUCAAAAUUGAUAGGAAAUGCCUACCAUGAGCUGAUAAACACAAGAGAAAAAAAGAAAAUUUAUCCGGUGCAGCAGGAAAAGAGAAAAGAAAACGAGAGUUCUCUCUACCAAAUGUGUUUGCGUUUGUGUGUGUGCGUGCGCUCGCCUACGAUCAAUCAAAAGCACAAACUGUGCGUUGCCUGGAUUUCGUGAACCGCGGUUAACCAACCAGCCACGUGCACGUCCACAAACACACACCAACACGUGCGUGUGAUUGUGAAUGUCACAUUGUGCUACCGUUCUCUCGGCCAAUCAUCGGGGAUCGACCUCUGCGGAUCGGCCUUCACUACCUCCUUGGAUGUGGAUAAUGAUGUGUAAGAAUAUGAAGAAAUUUGUAGUUGUGUCACCAUUGUAAAAUAUAAAAUCGUCAUUGGUCUGGGCGAAGAAGACCAAUAGACACCAGCGAAGAGAAGUGCUGAAUCCAUGUUUUCUCUGUUUACUCGUUCACCGUUCAUUGUUUUUGUUGUGAUUAAUGUGAACAAAGCAAAUCAAUACACAUCAAGCCCAUUUGCCACAAUCGACUUCGCGCGUUGAAAAGCAAGCUAUCCAAGUUCUAAUUAUUUUCCCCUCUUUCGUUUAUUUUCAACACACAAAAAAUGUGCACUGUGGAAUCAAACCGAAACGGAAACCAAUGAAAUCGAAAUAAAAUUGUGCGACAAUUCAUACUGAAUACGUGUAUACCCGCGCGCGCGUGUGUUCUUGUUGUGCGUAUAACCAUGGCAACCGCAGCGAAGCAGUCCUCCGCUUCGUCUCCUUCGUCGAGUGUUCAUAACUUCGCCGAAGGUCAGUCGAGCAACCACCAACAGGAGGACCUCGACGCGAUCGCGAAGCAGAUUUCCGAUCACGCCGAAGCAAUCUACCAGACAUGGAAGGCCCGUGGCCUAGCGCCAACUGAAAUCCUCAACUGCCAACUGCCGACGGCGGACGGUGAGAAUGCUUUUAGCAAAACCUUGAGCCCUACGACAACUACCGCUACCUCUUCCGCAUCGCCGGGCUCGCCGUCCUUGCCGUCUUCUUCGUCUAGCGUAACCCAGAAGUCCACUUCCGGUGUAGCCGAACUACUCGCACAGGCACCCGAACUCUCCAACAACAGUCUAGAGCAGUUGGUCAGUUCGUUUGUCAACGAAGACAAGGCUCGGAUCGCUGCACAGAAACGAGGUGCCGGACGUCCGGUUUCGGCUGGGUCCACUAUCAAGAGUGUGCUUCAAAAGUUCGAACAAAACGGUGCUCAGAACCUUAACACUUCCCCUAUCAACAAACCUAACUACAUCCGGCCAAGCAGCACUACACCGAACAAGGUGAACAAUAACAACAAUAACCUUAGUACUCUGAACAAGAACAAUGUUCCAGAUGUCCUGAAGGAUACACUCGUUGAGAAACCCCGUGAAAAGCCACAGACACCGGUCAAACCGGACCAUUUGCUGAACCAUGUUCCUAGCUGGCCGCUGAAGAAUCGCGUAGUGAAGGCCAGCGGACCAAACAGUUCCGACAAAGCCAAUCAUCAACCCAGUUCGGCAAAUUCCGGAAGCACCAGCAGCAGUAGUAGUAGUAACAGUGGCCUUAGUAGCAUCACCGGCUCAACCGGUUUCAUUUCCAAGAAUACCGCGGAACUUAUGGAUGAAGUUUCGCGGGAAGAGGAACGUCUGAUCAACGCACUGAAAACGGGAACCGUUCUCAACAACAGUGACAACCUUCUUCCGGAGGUUAUAACCUCCACCCUCCCGGAGACCCGGGACGUCCCCGACUACGGAUACAGUAGUAACCGACCCCUCGAUAUGGUAACCUCGUCGACUGUAGUGGCCAAUGGGUCUACCAAUGGCACAACCAACGGUACCAAUGGUACUAGCGCUGGCGCUGGCACCGAUCCGAACAAUCCCGCUGCCGCCAACGCCGCCGGGGUCAAGCACUGGAACGGGGUCCCGAUGAAGCCGAACCACAUACCGAUCCUCAGCAUUCACCAGAUCCACGAACAGCACAAGCUGUCGACGAACUUUACCCGCAAUGUCGCAACCACAAGACUGCCGAAGGAUUUUGGCCGCCCGGCGGCGUCCGACGAGAAGAAGGAGUUCCAGGCGAAGACCAUUCCGAGCCCGAUCCGGCCGUUCCUGUCGCGGGGCUCCGUGGCCGAGCGGGUGCUCAUCUUCGAGAAGUGCCCGGAGAAGGCACCGCCCCGGGAACGCGCCAAGGAGAACGUCAAGGUGCAGUCCAAACCCGUCAACAGACUGAUCCCGCCAAACAUUCACACCACGCUUCAGCGGCAUCUGAAGAACUCAACGAAAGCUCCCUACAUACCACAAUUCCACUUCCCGAAUGGCAAACCUCCGCCGGCCAUCACGACGGAAACGACCAUGCAACGACUGGAGCAGGUCUUCGAGAGUCUGCCCAACUACGAGUGCCCCCGGGACAAGUUCCACAAGAUUGUCAGCAUGUGCCAAGUGCCCCUCUACUGGCGGGUUCCGCUAUUUAUGUGCACUCCCCUGACGGCCAGCGGCUGCGUAAACGGCGACAAGUUCAUCAGCUUCUGGCGACAAAUGACUUCCUUCUGCCACGAUCCGGCGUCCCGCUUCACGUUCAUAAUGUCGCGAGGGGAUCGCUCGAGGCCGUACAUCCUGCCGGAAGACUUCGCCUCGCUAAUACAGGACGUCGUGGACACCCAUCCGGGUUUGGCGUUCCUCAAGGAGGCGGCCGAGUUCCACUCGCGCUACGUCCACACGGUGAUAGCCCGGAUCUACUACAACGUGAACCGCAGCUGGACGGGGAAGAUCACCGUUCCGGAACUGCGGAAGAGCAACCUGCUCGAUGUGAUACAACUGCUGGAGGAGGAGGAGGACAUCAACCAGAUCAUGGCGUACUUCAGCUACGAGCACUUCUACGUCAUCUACUGUAAGUUCUGGGAGCUGGACCGGGAUCACGACCUGUACAUCGAUCAGCAGGAUCUGGCCCGGCACAACGAUCACGCGCUGUCCUCUCGUAUGAUCGAGCGAAUCUUCUCCGGCUGUGUGACGCGAGGUCCCCGACGGGGCAAUCCCAACCCGAUCGUGGUGGGCCCCAACGGACCCAAGAUGUCCUACACGGACUUUGUGUGGUUCCUGCUGGCCGAGGAGGACAAAACGCACCCGACGGCCAUCGAGUACUGGUUCCGCUGCAUGGACGUCGACGGCGAUGGAAUGCUGUCGAUGUACGAGCUGGAGUACUUCUACGAGGAACAGCAGCACCGCAUGGAGUCGCUCGGAAUCGAGACGCUCCCCUUCGAAGACUGUUUGUGUCAGAUGCUGGAUAUGAUCAAACCGACAACGCCCGGCUGUGUCACGCUCGCCGAUCUGAAACGGUGCAAGAUGACGCCCAUCUUCUUCGAUACGUUCUUCAAUCUGGAGAAGUACAUGGAGCACGAACAGCGGGAUCCAUUUGCGCAGCGUGAUAAUGAUGAUCAGCUCUCCGAUUGGGACCGAUACGCCGCCCAGGAGUACGAACUGCUGGUGGCCGAAGAGGGAGGAGACACCCAAGGCGAGGGCAGCGAGGAUGAGGAUAGCGACAGCGAUAGCGAGGUUCGCAGCCUACGGAUAAGCUGGCGGGAGCGGUAUCUGCGUAAGCGCCGCAACAAGAAGAAGAGGAAGUAGGCGACUCGCGACUUCCCGAGUAGAUCCCAAAUCCUAGUAUAUCGCGUUCUAUAAAGAGUGUUGCUGUAAAAGUUCGCAUGCAUACGAUUAAAAUGGCGUUUGACAAAUGAAUUUGUCAGGACAGCUGUCAAAUUGAUCUGUCAAACUACUGUUUAUUUUCUUCACCUCGUCAUAAACUUGGCGCUGGAAUGUAAUCCAAGCAAAAACAAAACCAAAAUUGACUAUUUUUGCGAAAUUGUCUGUCUAAAUGUGCAUCGUCGUCAACGUUUUCUAUAUUUUGAACCGUAAAACAGAACAGCUGGCAGCCAUCUUUUGUUCGUUUAGAUCCUUUUCAAGUUAACAAGCUUUGCAUGUAAAGCAUGUAGUCCAAACAUUUGUUCGACACUAGAGAAAUUCUGACAGUUUCAAACAAAUGUUAGAACUGUUGUCAGAUCGCUGUCAAAUAUUUGACAGCGUGUACUGAUAGCCUAAUUAUUUUGAACCGAUUGCCAAAUAGAACAAAGAUGGCCGCGACGGUAGCUUUUCAUCAUGACAGACUAGAAACUGAGCAUGCCAUGACUUUUACAACCGUGGCUAAACAGAAUAAGUGAAGCCAACAGAAUUGUAUAUGUAUCAUAAAUGCAAGGAUAUUUAAUGACAAAACAACAAGGAAUCUUAAUUCUAAUACCCUACUAGACGAAGAAACAAAUCGAUUAGUUUUAUAAUCAAAACCAUUUUCCGAUAGGUGGCAUACUAUGUAAGAAGAGCUGAUAUUGAAUGUAUUUUAAUGGAAAAUAAACACAAACAUGUAGGACAAACCAAAAAACAAACCGAACGUCAGACAACAGACUGACGCAAGCAUAUGCCUAGCAAGUAAGGACCUUUUUCUAAGAAGCAAACCCCGUUUUCUUAUGGAACAGAACAGACACAUCCUCUGCAAAAGAGAAUCUCACACCAAUCUUAACUGAUAGUUACAAACAAAUAUAGGGAACCCACAUUGAUGUUGAAAACAAACUAGCUGUCAGAAAAUCAAACAAUACUCGACAUAAUACGGAUCAUUUUGAAAGCAUACAUUGAAACCAACCCAGAUUCAACACAAUAAUUAUGUAUAACUUAAGUAUAACCUCCAAAGUUGUUUGAAACACCCUAUUAUGAUUGAUCGAAACCAGAACAACAACAACAACCAGCGCAUAUCUAGUUAUUUAAUUCGUAACCCUAAUCUAGUCCAAUUCGUGCUAACAAAACCACAGAAGAUUACUUCGAUUUAGUGAAACGAGAACAACCGAGAGCCUAUUUAACCGAAGCAAGCCAUGCUCUUCCUCUCUUCCCAAUGAACAAACACAAAAAAAAUGAAACUAAAAUGUAAAGUAUCUCUCUUACUCUAAUCUCAUGUAUCCGUUCAUUGUGAACCACUCACUUAUUUAUGCUUCUUCUAAUUGUUUGAUCGAAAAUUCGAUGAGGAAUUUAGAGACACAAGCGAGCGGAACUUGUUAAGUUUUAAACUAGUUUAUAAACUGCUAAGUUUUUCCUUUAAGGCAACACUGUUCAGACGGAAAAGGUACAUUCAUACUAUUUAUUGCGGAAACACGCAAAACCAACACUACUACAACAGCAAGAACAAUGCCCUAUUUAUUACAAAAAAAAAAGUUGUGUCGAACUAGUUUCAUCGCUCAGUUGCGACGACGCGAAAGGGGAGUUAUUAAAAUCGAGCUUUUCAAUUGUUGAACAUUUUCCUGUUUUUUUGCUUUGCAAGUCCCUUAACUAUUCGAUAAGAUCUAUUGCUAGUUCAAAUUUUCCCUCUAAAAAAAACCCUAUAACCUUAACUGUAGAAACUGCUUUCAAAUUCUUUAUCAAUCAUAAAACGGAGCAUACAAGAUGAUUUCAGUUGUCAGUUUGCAAGCAAAAGCCAAUGAGAACGCGCGGAAGAGAGACCCAAAUAGCGUUUGCGUUCCUCUCUGAAUGAAUGGAUAUUGAAUUUCGUAGCCACUAAAUUGUAGUAUUUAGUUUUGGUAGACUUAACACAUGGAACGUCUUUUUCUAGAAGUUUUAUUUAUUCAAACAGCAACAAAAAUAGAAGAAGAAGAAGUAAACUGAUAUUCGUUCGGAAAAACUGACAAAAAUGGGAAAAAUGAAUGAUAUGAAUAUAAACACACCUAACAAUAAUUAGUUAUUCCGAAAGAAAAUGCAAAACAAAAAACUUGCAAAUAAAAGCCAAUAAGUGACGAAAUA